GGGAGGACGAGACUACACUCGCACUCUCCCCUCUCUCGACUCACGCGUAUCACGUCGCUAUUCCAAACUCUUUUUACAACACUUACCCUUCUCCUUCAAGUUGUUCGUUCAUUCUAUAAGCAUAAUUUGACCAAUACUGUUCUUAGUUGCGGCCUGGUUUACCCUCCAAAAGACUGUCCGGUUGUUGAUUUACCCCCUCUGGUGAGAACAUUCCAAGAACCUGUCACUCAAAAACCGGUGCCAUCUCAAAGGAUUCAUCAAGCAAGUGCCACCACGAAUCGUAGCUCCUCUCCCGUCGACUCUUUUAAUACACAAGUGGAUAGAGAGGCUGGCCGCCCUCCUAGAACGCCCACCAAUUGUUAGUUCGACCCUCUUCGCCGCUCCUCAGCACAAAAUCGUUCCAUGUUCAGUACCGAUAGCGUCCAGUGCUCGAAGCCAACCAGGUGCCGAUUUAUGUGUGUGUGAUUUGUUGUGUUGGUGAAGUAGGGAGAAGUGGAGAAGAGCGGGAGGAUCCCAACGGGUAUUUGUGGUGUUGGAGAGAGCAGCACUGCGCCCCUGCCCACCCACACACCCACACCGCCCACGGUCAACCACUGGCCAUACUUUGUUCUUCCCACGGACUUAUAAUCUCUCCCUAACCGUGAAAGUUUUUUGUUGGAAAUACUGAUUUUUUUUCCCCUUCCCCCGAGAAGAAAUAAUGCCUCGAGCUGCAAGUUUUUGGUACGACUUCCCAGCCUAGUUGAUAAGACUUUCAUUCCCUCAUUUUGAAGACGAGUUUGAUGUUAGAGAAUGUGAAGCGUUAUCGCCGGGACGAACCUUGACAGUUGAUGUGGCAUUGUUAACCGUCGUUGUUGACACAGAUGGGAGCCAACCAGGAACAAGAGAGUGAUGUUCUCUGUAUGUAGCUGUGGAAUGCGGUGUUUAGGUGCUGACGUGUCCAGUGUUGCAUCUGUGUGGCCCACCUGCCCUGUCUGCCUGCAGCUGACUCCUACAACACUCCUUCUGGCCUCCUACACCAGUCCUUGCCCAGCCCUACUUCACUAGUUCUCCUGACGACCAACUCGUCCUUCUCCUUGCCUCACUCCUCACUUCCCGUAGGUAAAUCCUUUCAGUGUCCCAUAAUUCGCCAUCUGCAACUCCGUUAUCCUUGCCUCUCCCUUCUUUAUCCUCUCCUCGUUACCUCUCACUGUUGCUCCACCCUGCAUUAACUGUUAUCUGUGUCAGUGUAUCCCUCCUGCUAUAAUUGUAAAUGUCAUCUUCGUAAUCCUGUAGCUGUAAUCCUCACACUUCCUUUCCCUUUUACCUAUAAUUGUCUUAAUCUUUUUCUUCUUGAUAUUUAAACAAUGACAGAUGUGCUUCUAUAUUACACGGUACACGUAGAAUAGACAUAGACUAUUAUCACGCCAGUGGUUCUAAGAUAGUUUCAGUAACUUCAAUUCUUGUUAAAGGUUCUCGUAAACAAGCAACGUAUCGUACAGCCGCAGUCCAGCUGCUUUAGUCAAGUGUCAUUGUGACGGUAUUAGAUCUUCUCGUCGUACAUACCUCCCUUGUUAAUUCUUAAGUCUUAGGUGAAUACUCAAGAAGCUUUUCUUCAGUAAUCUCAGUACAGAGAAAAUAGCAAGGUUUAGGAAGGUAGUUCAUUCUUGUGUAGUUAUCAAGGGCCACAGCAUUGGUGUAGAUACCAAGGAUCUCAUCACUGGUGUAGAUACCAGAGGCCACAGCACUGGUGUAGAUACCAAAGGCCACAGCACUGGUGUAGAUACCAAGGGCCACAGCACUGGUGUAGAUACCUAGGGUCACAAGACUGGUGUAGAUACCAAAGGACACAGCACUGGUGUACAUACCCCCGACUCCACCACCCGGCGACCAACUUCAGCACUUACGUUGAAGUUUUCUCCACAACUUGUCUCAGUCUGUGCACAACAAGUUUACACAAAGUUAAAUAAAGUAUUGCUUGUUGCAGCACGCCGUCUGCCAUCCACGAGUACUUAGUAACACUGUAUAGCUUGUCACACUUAAGUCACGAAAGCUGCAUUUUUUCCCCAUAUCUCACUCAACGGGGUCAUCAGCAUUUUUUCAUGUAUAUGUAUAUAUAUAUUUUGUCUUGUAGGCCAACAAAAAUCUUUGGUAGGUAGUUGUUAGAGUAUUAAUGUCCAGGCCUAGUGUAUUACCUCUCAGCAGUACAGUAUCAUCUGGAAACUGAUGUAAGGUUAUAUGCCUGAUGGCACUGGUCUCUUUCUGAAUAUUUAUACAGUAAACCCAAGUACAACUGUAGGUAAAUGUAAGCUUGUAUUCUUUUAGCGUACGGGAAUAAAGUAGUUGAGGUGAUAGUUGUUAAUGUUGUCCAGGAAGGAGGAGGAGUCUUCUAGGUGAGUCCACUGACUUACCUGUGAUUGGUUCCUAGAGUUCUGUCUUCAGUGGCGCCUCUUGUCUCUCUCCACUGUCUUAAUCUCUUCUUUAUUUGCCCUCAUGCUCUUGUCUCCAGCUGUGCAUCCCAGGCCUCAUUAAUCCCUCACUCCUCGACCCAUCCCACAUACCUCUCUUCCUUGUCCCUGGGGUCCCUGUGACCGAGACCCUGUGGUGGUCGGGGUGGUCUCCUGCGGGCUCGUGCCACGGUUGGGCGGGCGUGGUGCGGCCCCCACAGCAGCACAUCCGUGUGCAGCAGCCACAGGCAGCAGCAGUACAGCAGCAACAGCAGGCGUGGUAUUCACCGCACCUGCCGUGUCGCCUGGUCCCGCCCUUCACCACCACCAUGGCCGCUCCAUGUAAGGUUGUCAGUGUUGUGUGCAUGGCGGCCCCCCGCAGCUCCUUUCCCGACGCUUGUGACCGUCCCUGUUACACAACAUCCACCACGCCUACGCCCGCACGCCCAUUCCACCACUGCGUGUUGGUACUAGUGUAUAUACUGCUUGUGUACUGUAGCGCUGCUUCAAGUUUGCAUGAGUGUACAGGCCCAGUAAGCCUGGUUGCCAUCAUGUGGUGCUCCGAGUCGCUCAUGCAGCAGGUGUUGCAUCACUCUGUUAUGGUAGUACACGGUGACUCCAACACACACGUUUGUUAGUAAUGUGUUGGAGUGAGUGGCACUCCUGACUGACGUGAUGGGUAAUGCAUGUUUGCGGUGCACCGUGAUGUUUCUCAGGUUGAUCUUGCAAGUCUGCAAUGUUGCUCUUGUCUAGUGUAUCACAAAGUUCCCCUCUCCUCCAUCCCAGGGUCAUCCCUCACCACCACCACCAUCUACGACCCGACUGUGAGAAGAUCCGUCUACCAGAGAACCUGGAGAGUAUCCCCCGGGCUGACCACAUCCCCACCCAGCGCCACCGCUGGAACACCAACGAGGAAAUCGCCUCCUUGCUCAUCAGCUUCGACAGACACAUUGAUUGGCUCUCCAAAGAAGUAAAAAUCAGGCCCAAGAGUGGCUCCAUGUUGCUGUACUCUCGCAAGAAGGUGCGCUACCGACGGGACGGCUACUGCUGGAAGAAACGUAAAGACGGGAAGACUACCAGGGAAGACCACAUGAAGCUCAAGGUGCAGGGCAUAGAGUGCAUCUAUGGGUGCUAUGUGCACUCGGCUAUCUUGCCUACCUUCCACCGUCGGUGCUACUGGCUUCUGCAGAACCCAGACAUUGUGUUAGUGCACUAUCUGAACGUACCAUACCCAGAUGACAACAAGCUAGUCAUGGCCUCCAGUAUCUCCCUCUGGGCAGACAAAAAGGAGUGGACCAAAGAAGAACUCAUCAGCCAGCUCAAACCAAUGUUCUUCAGCGAGGACGAACCGGACCUCAACAAUGAACUAGAGAUUUCGCCUUCGUGCGGAGGUCGGGUGUACAGCCAGAUCAGCAAGACGGCUGAGACAGUGGAGGCCAUUGUGGCACAGCUAAUGGAGAAGCAGCGAGUGGCUCGUGCAGCGGCAGCAGCAGCAGCAGUAGCCAACAAGAGUGGUGUAGAGUGUGGGUGUGGUGCAGGUGUUGGUGCUGAGCACAGCAAACAAUGCACGUUACACCCUCUUCGCCGACUGAGUGUGGCUAAGUUGCCUCAUCACCACCAUCACCACCACCACCACCAUCACCAUGAUUCUGCCAACACCGUCACAUCAUCUCGUCAGGCACUGGUUGCAAUGCCCACACCCUCUGACAGUGACAACAAUCAGGUAUCGUCAACGAGUGGGCCAGGUGGGUGCGUCACCCCCCAGUACCAGGGCGUAACUCAGGAGGGGGCCCGCCCACCAGAGCCCCCACCCUCUACCAGCAACACCACUAACAACAACAAAAACAACAAUAAUAACAACAACAACAAUAAUAAUAAUAGCAACAACAACACCACGCCCAACAACAAUAACAACAAUCUCAACACUACCACAGCUCCGCUAAUCCUGAACCUGUCCAACAUCCAGGGCGGGGGUGGGCUGCUCAUACUCAACAGUGGUGGUGGGGGUGGGCACCACCCAUCUCCACAUCCCCCACUGGCCGGCCCCCUCACGCUCACAUCUUACUUGGGCCAGCCCCAUCCUAUCUCCACUGCUGCCUCCAUCGUCCAUGGACCACCUCUUGUUCCACACUCCACCCACGUAGCGCACCUCCACCACGCAUCUCACCACCACCAUCACCAUCCUCACCAUCACCACCACAUGCACCAGCAACAACAGCAGCAACAGCAACACCCAGCCCAACAUGGACCACAGCAACAACAUGGACAGCAACAAAGUGGUCCACCACAGCAUAAUGCUAAUCUGCUGGUAAAACGUGAAGGUGACAAAGAUGUGAUGGAAAGUUUAAAGCUAGAUGCCACCAACGGCAAUCUUGAACUUGACUCGGGCACAUUUGCUAAUCUCGUAUCUAGUCUUGAAGCUGGAGAAGCAAGGACAAAUCAACAACAGCAGCAGCAGCAGCAGCAGCAGCAAUCUCAUUCACAGCAACACCAACAACAGCAACAUCAUCAACAACAGACAACAAAAGACACUUUUUUAGGCAUAAAAGCUGAAUUAUCUGAACUGUCUGUGGAAAAGACAGAACUGUUUUCAACUACAUUAGAUCUCUCUCCAGAUGACAUACAGAAAACUCUCUCAGCCAAUCUUCCCCCUGGGUCAUGUAGUCGCAAAACACCUUCCUCUGCUGACGUCAAUCCUAUGGACUUCAUUGAUAAUGAUAUGACUUCACCCGAGGAUGAUGUUCUUGCUAAUCUUGAUGCUUUUGACAUGCUGAGUGAUUUUCCUGAUCUGGAUCACUAUGACACAUCCCCUCCAGACAACCUUAAUAGCAACAAUAGCAACAGCAGCAGUAGCAGCAGCACAAACAACAGUGGCAAGUCUGUAACUAAUCAGUCUCAACAGACUACCAGGAUGGACUACCGUGAGAAUACUGCCAAUAUUACUGACUAUUCCCCAGAGUGGGCUUAUCCUGAGGGAGGAGUGAAAGUAUUGGUGACCGGUCCCUGGUAUAGCAGUUCCUCUCCAUAUACAGUUCUUUUUGAUGGCGUCCCCACGUCAACUACUCUUGUUCAGUCAGGUGUUUUACGCUGCUAUUGUCCUGCACAUGAGGUUGGCCUUGUGACUCUUCAGGUUGCCUGCGAGGGUUUUGUCAUCUCCAAUUCUGUGAUAUUUGAGUACAAAAAGCCUCCAUCCGAUGAGAAUAAAGUCAAAGAGGAGCAAGUAGUACGGGAGCAGGAUGAGCACCUUUUAAAGUUCACUCUGCUACAACGGUUAGAGACCAUGGAAACAAGGGUUCAAGUCUGCCCUGAUAGUCAGAAGAGCCCAUCCAAUUAUGAAAGUGAUGUCAUGAUGCACAAAGCUCAAAAUUUUGAGGAGCGAGUUAUAUUAUAUUGCCAGAGAAUGAGUGGAAAGCGGUGGCUGAGUAUGGACCAAGGGUUUGCCGCAGGCUUACCAGAAUUACAUGGCCUCACUCUCCUACAUUUAGCAGCCAUGCUUGGAUAUUCCAGGUUAAUUGUGGCUCUAUUACGUUGGCGUGAUGAGAACCCUUCACUUGUGUUAGAAUGUGAAGUAGAUGCGCUACGGCAGGAUUCUCGUGGUUGUACACCGCUGAGCUGGGCUUGCUCUCGUGGACAUCACCAUACUGCUCUUCUCUUAUACCGCUGGAAUUCACAAGCACUUCAUUCAAAAAAUCAGCUUGGGCAAACACCUUUACAGUGUGCUACUAUUAAUGGUCACCACACACUGGCAGAGGAAUUGCAACAGCUGGACAGGCAAAGAGCACAUAUGGACAGUAUUGAAGGCCUCCAUUUCUCUCUGUCUUCUUCCUUCUCUAGCACACAGCUUUCUACCUCUUCCACCACCUCAACCUCAACCUCUCCCUCGUCUGGUGUCAGUCCAGGACUUACCUUGUCUGGAACAGCUCACCAAACACCCGAUGUGUUCCUCCGACCCUCGCCACGCAGGUGUGACUUCAGAAAACAACGGCACCUAAGUGUAGAUCUGCCCCUAAGCAGUGAACAGGACUCAGGACGGCCAGUAGGCUGUCCAUCUCCAGCAUCAUCUUGGAGUGAUACUUCACUUCGACGAGGAAGGCUCAUCAAGAGACCUUCUGUUGACUCAGGAAUCAAUUUAGCCAAUGUAGACACUUACAAACGAACAAGUUUAGAUUCUGGCCUUGAUGUAUUACAAAAAUAUUCAAGGGGUGAUGGUGCCAGUCCACAAAUGUCGACACCCUCCUUAGUUCUAGACAAUCAUGGUGAAGAUAUUUUAGACUCACCCAUGCCCUUCCAGUUUAAUCCAGGUGGAAGCUGCCAGCUCCAGACAGAGGGAGACGAGGAGGAGCACUCUUCCCUCAAAGGAGUGGACAGCAGUUAUGCCAGCCGGAGGGAGUCACUCAGCUCGGAGAUGGCGGGUUUGGCUACUCCUGAUGAUAGUCGAGUCCUAACUUUGGCUGAACAAAUUAUUGCUGCUCUUCCUGAGAGAAUAAAGAGUGAUGGAGAAGAACUGAUGCAGCUAGAAUCCAGCCCAGUUUCUACUGAUCCACCAUCUUCAGAUUUGGAUAUGGAAGUCAUAUUGGAUGAACCACCAGAUACAACACCAGAGUUCAACUUUGAAUUUUCUGAUAUUACAUCAUAUAGAUACAUUGAUGUUGGGACACCCAGUUCAUCAAUGAGCCCCGCUUCUUCUAGCUGUCUACCAUCGCCCGCCUCUUUCACACUGGAAAGUCCCUCGCCUCCACCCACUACAGCUGACUUCUCCGAAUUUUUUCAUGCCUCCACCCGGGACUUUUCUAGAGAUUUUUCUAAUCUCACACUAUCAGACCGUGAACAAAGGGAAUUAUAUGAGGCUGCCAAAACAAUCCAAAAGGCAUACAGGCUUUACAAAGGCCGUAAGCGACUACAAGAGCAAGAUAAGGAGAGACAAGCUGCUAUUGUCAUUCAGAAUUAUUAUAGGCGUUAUAAACAGUAUGUAUACUUCAGGCAAAUGAGUCGAGCUGCAACAUUAAUUCAAAAUCAGUUUAGAUCUUACUGUGAACACAAGCGCUUUAAAAAGAGUUUGGAAGGAGGUGCACACUCCAAUGUUAACUUCUCACUGAGGGGAUCACGGGAAACUACCCCUAUUCCAACUUUAAAGCGCACAUACUCCCAACGGAGGCAGCACCAAGCUGCUCGCAAAAUCCAGCAGUUCAUGCGUCAGACCAAGCAAAAAUUACAGAGAGAGCGAGCGCAGGCAGCAGAAAGAGAGAAAGUGGGCCAGGGGUGUCAGGCGGUGGGCCAGGGGUGCCAGGGACCAGCAAUGGGGGCAGCAACAGUGGGGGCAGUUGCAGUUCAGCAACCCCUCCCUCCCCUUCUCCAUCAACUCCCUCCAGCACGGGCGGGCCCCUCAUCGGAGCACUCCCACCGCGACACAGACCCUUUACUCUCGAGCACAGCCCAUGCACCUGACCAAAUUGACCAUCGGGACUGUCAUUGAAGCCAUCGGAUGGGAUAACUGCCAAGUAUCCACGGACAAAGGCAAGCUGAAUUUUAAACGCCGAUGCUCAAGCAUUUCCUGUGGACAGGACCUGACACGACUGAUGAGUGUUCAAAGUGGUGCAUCAAUACAGUGGACAGAGCUGCCCAGAGCUCUCUGAUAUGCAAACCUCUACCUGGCAACUCAUAACUUGAUGGACUGUGGAUAUUAGUGAUGCAGGAAUAAGGGACAGUAAACUCUGCCACUGUGUGUGCUCCAGCUCUAGUGACCUUAACAAGUCAAAACAUUUUAUUUGCAUAUUGUGAUUUGCCUUUCUGAUAGCAAAGCUACAGUAAUUUUAGUGCAUGUGUAAAGAUUUUUUAUGUGAAUGGUUAUAGAAAAUAUAUAUUACGCUGCAAAUAAAGUCUAAAUUCUGUCUCAGCAUUCAUAAUCUGCUGACUCCAAGCUACCAUCACUGCCUAUUAUGAUUUUGCUUCAAGAGAGGUUUAGCUUUACAAAUGUUGUUGCUUACAUCCCCCAAAGAUUAAAAUAAGAUGUAUUAGACAUAAUAUGAAUGCCUAAGUUGUUAAUUGUCAUAUGUCAAAGGAUUUGUAUUAUUGAUUUAUAAAUGACUACCUCAUUUGAAAAGUAUUCAUAUUACACAGGCUUACGAGAAGUAGCCGUAUUAAUACAGGUGCAGAAUUUAUUGUUCAUGUACUUUGUUUAACAAAUUUUCAAAUAAUACCUGUUGGUAGAAAAGUUCCUUUGUUAAACUAUUUAUAGGCCAGAGCUGGAUUGAGGGAGAAUUUCAUGUGUGAUAUUUAAGUUAAGAGUAAUAGUUAUGAACAGUAAUCAUUGGGAAUUUUGCAACUAAAAGUUCAUUUUACAUUUGAAUAUGUAAAUGAUAGUGAGAACCUCUAGAGCUGCAUAAACAACUUCAACGGCUGAUUAUUGCUCUCUGUGGAUAGCAGCAUAUCUGAUGGGGAACUGCUUUUGGAAAGAAUGUAGUCUUUGUUUUUUUUUAUCUUCACUGUUUUAAAGCAUUGUACAAAUUAUUCCAUGCAUCACUGUAGCCAGAAUAGUGCAUAAAACUGGAAGGCUUAUAUGGCAAUAAUACUGCAUAAUGUUAUUGGAGAUAAGUUCUUCCAUAAUAUUCCUUUGGCCUUAAUAUUUGUUUGAGAACAUGUAUUUAACAAAGUAUUUAUAAAUAAUUACAUUGUCAGAAGCAAACUAUUUUUAAAAUUGAUAUACUUAAUAUUCAGUGUCAUCAGAAUAGAUGGAAGGUUUUUCCCUUAUAUUUUGACAUAUGAAUUUCUUAUAUACUUAGAGAAAGAUAGCUUGAGCUAAUGUGCUUUCAGUGAGCAAUUGAUACAGUUGAAACAGGUAAAAGUAAACAUUCACACAUACACACACCAACACAUGCAUAUACAGUACAGGCAACACAUCUAGGUGAGUAUACACAAAUACAUACACAUUACCUGAAAUUAUUUCAGCCGAUGUGGAUUGUCAGCAUGUCUGACUUGCCUAUUGUUGGCUGGGGCGGAGUGGAGAGAGAUGACACUGUUGAUGCUACGGUACAAAACAGUCCAGGAUGUUUGAGGGAUGUAGCCCCCACCAGAGCACUGAGAUACAUGUAUAGCUCUUGUGUGGUACUUGCAGUGAUUUGUGGUUCACAACUGAGGCGGGUCCUCCCAGUACCAGUGUCCUGGUUUGUUGUAGAUGGUUGUUUACCAAGACACCUCAUCUAGUCCCCUUCGUAGCUGUAAAAUAGUGACCUACCCACCGUUUUUUACUAGAUGAAUAUUAGUUAGGCAUCGUGCUUUUUAAUGAAAAGAAAAGGGAAGUAUUUUUCAUUCUGCAGUGCUUGAUUUAUCUUCCCUUACUAAAUAUCUAUUUUUCUUGCUCGAGAACAAAGUUAUACAAUAAGGGCCAAGUACAUUGCUGGAUGUCUGACCAGUCUUAGGUCCAUUUUCUCUUUAUUCAUAAUAGCUAUUAUAUAGAGACAUACCAGCUUUUAGGAUAUACGUCUCUAGGCUCAAAGUACAUGCUUAUUUUUUUUUUACUCGAUUUACUCUGAGUCAAGAGACUACCUAAUCUUUAUUACUCUAUACUCUAUUGGAGUAUUUAAUCCCAAGUGUGUUUUGCAUGAACUUCGAUCCAACCCUGUGAUCAGCUAUUUAUUUUCCCAUUCUUGUUCCUCUCUGGAGAGUCAGAAGCUUGGCAGACUGGCUUAAUGAAGUAAAAAAAUCAAUGAUCUGCAACCUCUUAUUUUCUUUAUUGUGAAUUGUGAAGUUCACUGCCAGUAACUUAUUUUAAAACUGAGUCAAAGUAUUAUACCAGUGUACAGCAAACUGCAAAUACUUCCAUAUUUUCAAAACUGUUUAUAUCGUCGUACCAGCAUUUGAUUUAUUAAUUUUGAGAUUUUGAAAUGAAUAUGGGUAGUUCUUACAGAGGACUUGUAAAUUUUUGUGGAGAUUCUAACCAUUCACAAAGAUUCAGUACUAUUAACCUAUGAAAAUAUCUAAAGCAAUUAAUGAGGAGUUCAACAUUGAACCUCAGUGUUUGUAUUUUGUAAUUUCCUCAGCCUGUCACAUCUAUGUACUUUUAAGAAGAGCAGCAUUACAAAUUAGCUUUUUUCUAGUGUUAUUGUUGAAAGGAGAUAAGCAUUUUCUUGAAAUUAAAGAGAAGCCUUAAGUUAUAUUUUAAGCAUAUUUUUUUAAAAACAUCAGUAUUUUGUCAGUUCACCAGUUUAUUAAACUGUUUUCUUGUAUAACAAUUGUAAUAAUGUAAAAUGGUACUUAUUAUUUUUAUUGUAAUGCCAAAAGAAAAUAUUUGAGCAAGACCAUACUUGAAAAUCAAAAAUAUUGUAUACAAAAUACAUUUCAUUUAGUGUCCCUUAAAAAUCUUUCUCUAGCUUUCAUUAGCAAACCACUUUGCAUAAAAUAGCAUAAUUAUUAGUCGCAGGGCUAAACCAGUGAAGGUCAUUCAGAGCUGAAAAGCAUGCAUAUGUCCUGAGAUAUAUAUAUAUAUAUAUUUUUUUUUUUUUUUUUUUUUUUUUUUUUUUUUUUUUUUCAACAAGUCGGCCGUCUCCCACCGAGGCAGGGUGACCCAAAAAAGAAAGAAAAUCCCCAAAAAGAAAAUACUUUCAUCAUCAUUCAACACUUUCACCACACUCGCACAUUAUCACUGUUUUUGCAGAGGUGCUCAGAAUACAACAGUCUAGAAGCAUACACAUAUAAAGAUACACAACAUAUCCCUCCAAACUGCCAAUAUCCCAAACCCCUCCUUUAAAGUGCAGGCAUUGUACUUCCCAUUUCCAGGACUCAAGUCCGACUAUAUGAAAAUAACCGGUUUCCCUGAAUCCCUUCACUAAAUAUUACCCUGCUCACACUCCAACAGAUCGUCAGGUCCCAAGUACCAUUCGUCUCCAUUCACUCCUAUCUAACACGCUCAUGCACGCUUGCUGGAAGUCCAAGCCCCUUACCCACAAAACCUCCUUUACCCCCUCUCUCCAACCCUUUCGAGGACGACCCCUACCCCGCCUUCCUUCCCCUAUAGAUUUAUAUGCUUUCCAUGUCAUUCUACUUUGAUCCAUUCUCUCUAAAUGACCAAACCACCUCAACAACCCCUCUUCUGCCCUCUGACUAAUACUUUUAUUAACUCCACACCUUCUCCUAAUUUCCACACUCCGAAUUUUCUGCAUAAUAUUUACACCACACAUUGCCCUUAAACAGGACAUCUCCACUGCCUCCAACCGUCUCCUCGCUGCUGCAUUUACCACCCAAGCUUCACACCCAUAUAAGAGUGUUGGUACUACUAUACUUUCAUACAUUCCCUUCUUUGCCUCCAUAGAUAACGUUUUUUGACUCCACAUAUACCUCAACGCACCACUCACCUUUUUUCCCUCAUCAAUUCUAUGAUUAACCUCAUCCUUCAUAAAUCCAUCCGCCGACACGUCAACUCCCAAGUAUCUGAAAACAUUCACUUCUUCCAUACUCCUCCUCCCCAAUUUGAUAUCCAAUUUUUCUUUAUCUAAAUCAUUUGACACCCUCAUCACCUUACUCUUUUCUAUGUUCACUUUCAACUUUCUACCUUUACACACAUUCCCAAACUCAUCCACUAACCUUUGCAAUUUUUCUUUAGAAUCUCCCAUAAGCACAGUAUCAUCAGCAAAAAGUAACUGUGUCAAUUCCCAUUUUGAAUUUGAUUCCCCAUAAUUUAAUCCCACCCCUCUCCCAAACACCCUAGCAUUUACUUCCUUAACAACCCCAUCUAUAAAUAUAUUAAACAACCAUGGUGACAUUACACAUCCCUGUCUAAGACCUACUUUUACCGGGAAAUAGUCUCCCUCUCUUCUACACACCCUAACCUGAGCCUCACUAUCUUCAUAAAAACUCUUUACAGCAUUUAAUAACUUACCACCUAUUCCAUAUACUUGCAACAUCUGCCACAUUGCUCCUCUAUCCACUCUAUCAUAUGCCUUUUCUAAAUCCAUAAAUGCAAUAAAAACUUCCCUACCUUUAUCUAAAUACUGUUCACAUAUAUGCUUCAAUGUAAACACUUGAUCUACACAUCCCCUACCCACUCUGAAACCUCCUUGCUCAUCCGCAAUCCUACAUUCUGUCUUACCUCUAAUUCUUUCAAUUAUAACCCUACCGUACACUUUUCCUGGUAUACUCAGUAAGCUUAUUCCUCUAUAAUUUUUACAGUCUCUUUUGUCCCCUUUCCCUUUAUAUAAAGGGACUAUACAUGCUCUCCGCCAAUCCCUAGGUACCUUCCCCUCUUUCAUACAUUUAUUGAACAAAAGUACCAACCACUCCAACACUAUAUCCCCCCCUGCUUUUAACAUUUCAACAUAUAUAUAUAUAUAUAUAUAUAUAUAUAUAUUAGUGGGAAAAAAAAAAAAAGAUACAAGUGAUUUGAUGCCCUCUGAAUUUGUUUCUCUUUUAUAUCACAAUUUAAAGUUGGCUGAGGAAUACAUUACAUGCUACAUAUACAACCAACCUAAAAUGGUAGAUUAAACCAAACUUCAAGCAACCAUGUUUGACCAUAAUUACUGCAAUAGUCCAAGAUAAACCAAAUUAUCAUCUUGCUUACUUUAUGGGUUAAUUAUGAAUUGUUUCAGCCAUGGUAUUUUGAAUUCUUAAUAGAAUACAUUUCUUCAUGGCUAGUAAAGAUUCUGAAUCACUUGACUAGAUGGCAUUUGUAAUAACCAAUCAUAUCAGCUCAACAAAAUACUGUACUGUUAUUUUUUUUUUUUUAAAUUUCAACAGUACCUAUCUUGCCUAAAAGUCAAAACAUGCUCUUUAAUGGUGCUCAGUUCCAGAAGCUAGCUCCCUAAAUAUAUUUCUUGGUUCUAUUUUCAUAGAGUACUCCAGGCAGAGAAAAGAAAUUAUGCUAGCUUCUUGCCUCUGCUUUUCUAUUUGCAUAGGAAGCUUGGUCAUGGACUGAACCAUUAGGGGCAAUGACCUUCGAAACAGCCCCAGGUAAUCAAUUGUUUUUUCAAAGAUUUUUGAAAACACGUAAUUCAAUCUUGAUGUUCUUUUGACCAAGCCUUUCUGGCAGCUAAAUUCUUUUUGGGGGGAAAACGACUUAGAUCAGCUUUAUCUCAAGCUUAAAAUCAUUCAAGGCUGGUCCACUUGUUAAAUCAUACCAAGUGCCUUCAGAUGAUUUAGAACUUUCCACAGGUUUCAUUAACUAAUAUAGCCAUUUCCAAGCCAAAGGUUUUAUUUCUAUUUCAGUUCCUUUCUUUAAAAUCAAUUUGUUUACUUUAAAUCGACGAUCCUCAACCUUCUUACACAAGUGGGCCACAUUUGAUGAUCAAAUGUGUGAUGAAAGCUGCAGAGUUUAGUUGACACUGCACUGUGGAACCUACAUAAAAGUGAAUUCAUAAGAGGGCCAUGUCCAUUUUCUAGAAGGCCCACAUGCAGCCCAUGGACUGCAGGUUGGGGGACCCCUUCUCUAAAUGCAAUAUUUUUUUUUAUAAAGUAAGUUCAGUUGGUGAUGUUCAAAUUUACGAUGGUCCUAGAUUUACCUAAAUCUGAAACUGUUGGCAGCUCCAAAAUUGAAAGCCCCUUUUGUAUCAGCAAUUUUACUUAAAAAUUAAAAAAAUAUUUUUAUCCUGUACAAUGGUAGAGCAUUUUUUCUAAUGACAAGGACAACAAUGCAAAAUUUGAUGUAAUAAUUGUAGAAUUACACAGUGCAAAGUUGGAGGUCAGGGAGUACUACACAACAGCAAUUUUGCCUAUAUUAAGGCCUAUUGUAGGCCCAGUUCCCAGCUAUUUUGCUAUACAAUGAUUGCAAGAAACAGCCCAUUCAGGUAUCAGAGCUGCCCCUAUUAUAAUUAGGUGCCCAGAAAUCAACGAUUUGGCCAAUUUUACACUUUUUCAACAGAUUCACAUUUUAAAUGGUAAAAAACAAACUGUAGGAAUUCCAGCCAUUAAAACAACUUUCCCUCUGUUAAUCAUGUUCCCAGGGCUCUCCUACACAACACUUGCUCUACAUUUUGAAUAAAAAAAGAGAAUGCAGUCAUUCCACUAGCAUGUGUUCUAGUCUAGCUAAUGGGACCAAGAAACAACCAAUAAAACAAUGGAAACCAACAUAAAAAAAAAAAUGUCCUAAAGUUGCCACUUUAACCCCAGCACUGGGUCAGAGGUUAGCUGUUCUCAUGUACUACUUGGUUAAAGAUUUUUUUUCUAAUACUGUGCACACCUACCGCUCAGACCCAUCUCUUAUCUAGGCCAAAAUUUGCCACUCGCAGCAAAUUUACCAACACUGAUCCCACUAAAGUAGGUCUGUGUUACCACCAGUUUAGCAGUUAACCCCUGGGAAGAUUCUAUUCACACAACAAAGUACAGUGUCAUUAAAAUGGUAAACUUUUUUUUCCUACUCAAAAUUACUAAAGUUUCAUAAAUAACCCUGGGUUUUUAUUGAUGCCAAUGAAUUUUUGCCCAAGUUAGUUUUUUUUUUUUUUUUUUUUUUUUGUGAAUUACUACAUUCACCAAAAAGUAUGAACUUUGUGGUUUAGCUCGUCUUGUUAUAUUCUACCUUCAACACCGAGCUCUCAGUGUGUCUGAGAUAACCAUUCCCCACUUGCCACAUCUGCUCUAGUAUUCACUCCUGGCAUUACAAUGAACCAACACACUCGUCACUGAAAAGUCCCACCUUUAGCACACAUUUGCUCUUUCACCUUUUAACGAAAACCCAUUGCACCAACCAUGAUUUCAAUUUAAAUAUACCUUAUGCCUUACCCUUAACACACUCCUACCCAUAGCACUGUAUGACCCACAUGGGUUUAGAAAACUAUUAUUCUUGUAAAACAUUCAUUUCAAACAACUUUAUUGGUUUUUGAUUUCUUUAAAAAAAAAAAAAUUGUGAUUUUAAGUAUGCUAUCAGAUAGAACUAGUUUACUAGUAGUUAUCUCACUCUCUACAAGAGCACAUAAAGGCUGGUUUUUAUCAACCAGGUUAUACUUAAGAUCCCCUACCACAAACAUUUUCCUGGCUUACCAGUGCACAACAAUUUUUUCACAGAAUUCUGAUUUGGGUAUAUCAUAUGGUGAUGGGGAUAAGAUUGACUAAAUGCGUCAACCAGAAUUACGUAUAAAAACUGACCUGUGCUAACAUCUACCAUUAGCUAAGUGUACAGUAAGAAGUGUGAAAUACCUCAGUUUUAGUCUCCUCAUUCAUUGCUAAAGAUAAUUUAUUUAAAUUUUUAAAAAAUAUAAAUUGAAAACAACAAUACUAUAAGUAAUGGUAGAUCUAGAUGGAAAGUAACUCAUUUUUCUCUUAAAGUCUGAGGAAAAUUAGUAAUAUUUUAGUAAUCAUUUACAUGAAAAUCAGUAAAACUAACAAAUUAUCUUCAGUAUACAUAGUCUGAGAUAGGACAUGGAACAAAUAGGUAAGAUAUCUUUAAUAAACCAGUUGGUAUUGCUAGGAUGAUGAGAUGAAGCAAUUAGCCAGUCCAUGCUUUUUGGCAGUCUAUUUUUCUGGCCACUUAUUUUCUUCUUCAUCUGUAGUGUAGUGGAAAGAAAAACAAAUAAAUAGAUUUAAAAGGUGCUGUGCCCGUGCUGACCAAAGAUCAGGUAAUAUUGAUUUACAAAGACUUUCUUAAAAUAUAUAAAGUUUCUUUUUAUAACUAGUUGUUUAUAUCUUACAUCAUAAUUAAUCAAAAUGGCCUGUUUCUUAGGUUGUGCUCAGCAUUCAGCAGAUUUUGAUACCUUGCCAGAAAGGGUGCUCAUAACCUCUGGUUGGAGGAUGUGUGAAGAGCCAAGUAUCAGGAAAGUUCUUGUACAUAAAGCACUGUAUAUUACUCCUAAGAUUUAAAAAAAAAAAAAAAAAAAACUCUUAACUCCACACCAUGUAUAUAGCUGUUGAUCAUGUUAUAAAUUUUAUUCUCUAUUAACUGACUGAAGACAGUAGUAAAGUCUUACAAAAGAUUCUUCUCAAGACAGUUUUCUUGUUUGCUACUCCUGCAACUUUUUCCUAGUCUCUCUUAAAAUGUGACCAACAAUCCAAGACUCUCUGGAAUCAGAUAUUAGGUUGAUUUCUGUGAUAUUUUGAAAAUCAUUAAUUAUGAAUUUAUCAAUUACCUUUCUUUUAAAGGUAAUUAGGGUACAGUACAGUACUGGGUAAAGUGUUUACCCAAAUAGAAAUCAUAGUAGUUCUGAAUCUUCCUAGUAAGUGAUAAGGGUUCAAAGUAUUAUCACACAAGAGAUAGGACAUUCAAAGUACAGUAUUAUUAUCUUUACAAAAGAAUGUGCUUCUCUACACAGUACCUCAAACAUAUAAUAAUGUUAAUUUCAUUGUGACACGCCAAUGAUUGCUCAGCAAGCUUCUUUCAAAAAAGCACGAGCUAUCAUUAUGUUUGACUGUUUUUCAUAAUUGGAUGUGUGGGAUUAUAUUGCUGACAAAGUACACAUAAUACAUUUUCUAUUUUGUAAAAACUCCAUUAACAAAGGCUAAGGUAAUACUGUAAAGAAAGGGAUAUCAGACUAAUCUGAAUAUCUGGCUGUAAAUUUAUAUAUAAUAUACCGUAUAUUAUAAUUUAGAUUCCAUGAGAACCAGCAUCUAGGUCAGAGUCCGUUGAUACUACUGUUCUUGUGAUUUUAUUUUUAUACAGGCAUCAAGUCCGGUAGUAAACUUGUCAAGUCACUUACUUCAUGUCACUUGUUUCUGUUAUAUUGUAUAAUUCUUUCUUAUUUUUUUAUUGACUUUGAGGUAAUUUUAGGAAUGUUAAUGAAUUUUGCUAUUGGAAUAAAAUAUACUGGAUUGCGUCACAGA